AAGAUGGAGGGUUGGGAACGGGGCAGCAUGCGGUCCGAACAUGGCCGUCUUUCGGAGCGUUGAGUCCGACCCCCUCCGCCCCCGCCCCGCACCAACGUAUGGAAGCACUGCGGCACGUUGCGCACACUAGCGGGCUGCGUUGGAAGGCAGAGCGGAAGACUGGCGAGAGGGAGGGGAGGUGGGCUUCUUUCUAGAACACGCCGCCAGAGAGCACACUACGGAGGCAGGAAGAGGGGAAAACAACCGGGACAGUGCGGACUAACAUGGGCGGGAAGCAGCGCUCCUGAGCGGCUCCACUCGGCGUCAACCUCCGCUUGAUCUUGCGGGGAAACGUGGCGGGGGCUUCGUCGUCUUGCGUGGGGAUGUUGAGGCGCCAGGACAAGCGGCCAUCGCUGUAGAGGAGACACAAGAAGUCUGUUCCUUAUGGACGUUUGGCAGCCAUUUAUUGCGCUUCUUUAAUUGGCUCCUUAUGGCGAGAAACAGCAUCGAGCGCUUUUAAUAACAACAAGCGAGCAGGUUCGACUAUUUGACCCGCGCAAAGUCAAGUAUAUCACGGUGUUAGUCGACAUUGUUGGCACAAAGGCCGGGUUUUAACAAAGCGAGGCCUCCUCCGGUGCAGCGGGAAGACGAGGAGCGGAAGAGGCGUCUUGUUCAAUGUUAAUGUCGACCGACGUUGCAUCCGUCAUGCUGCCCGUGUCACGCGGACUCAUGGAGCGGGAGAGGGAGCUGGACACCCUGGCCGGGGUGCACCCUGGCGCGGGCGGAGCCGCGGCGUCUGUGCGGGGAAUGAAGCGAGGAGACCCGGAGCCGGAUGGGCAGACGGCGGUGGCGCUGGUCGACUCCGUCGGGGCGGAGUGCAAGCGUCCCCGCAUGGACGGCUCCGGGGGGAUCGGCGAGGUUGGACAGAACGACCCGCUGAACCUUGGUUACCAUGGAUACCCAUCUCACAGUCAGGGCUCUCAGGAUGCUACUUCUGGUCAAGAGGGGCUUGUACCUCCACCCUUCUCCACCUACCCCCCACCGCCGCCGCCGCCACCACAGAACGGCCUAGCGCUGGACUACGGCGCCAGCCUGUACGCGGCUGGUGCGGUCCAGGGUCCCGUGGAGGCCGGCGGAGCAGCCAUCAGCAUCGCCAACGCUGGUCAACAGUCAGACGUCUCCUCCCAGCUCGAUGGCCAGUCGGGCCCUGUAGGCGGUGGCGGCGGCGGGAGCAUUGGUGAUGAUUCAGACGCCAAGGGGGCCCCCAAGCGCCUCCACGUGUCCAACAUUCCCUUCCGCUUCCGAGACCCUGACCUGCGGCAGAUGUUUGGGCAAUUUGGCAAAAUCCUGGACGUGGAGAUCAUUUUCAACGAGAGGGGCUCCAAGGGUUUUGGUUUCGUGACGUUCGAGACCAGUGCAGAAGCAGAGGGUGCCAGGGAGAAGCUUCACGGUACUCUGGUGGAAGGACGUAAGAUCGAGGUCAACAAUGCCACGGCCAGAGUGAUGACCAACAAGAAGAUGACAACUCCGUACGCCAACGGAGAAGGCCUGGCAGCUCUACCAUACGCCGGCUGGAAGCUGAGCCCCGUGAUGGGAGCCAUGUACAGCCCUGAGCUCUACACAGUUCCAGGGUUCCCAUACCCCACCGCAGCGGCGGCUGCCACCACGGCGGCGGCAGCGGCCGCCACCUUCCGCGGCGCUCACCUGCGGGGUCGCGCACGGCCCGUCUACAGUGCAGUCAGGGCAGCUGUGCCACAAGCUGCCAUCCCCACCUACCCUGGCGUGAUGGCCUAUCAGGAUGGUUUUUACGGCGCUGCUGACCUUUACGGCGGCUACGCAGCGUACCGUUACGCCCAGCCCACCGCGGUAGCGACGCCCGCGGCUGCGGCAGCAGCGGCGGCAGCAGCUUACAGCGACAGCUACGGCCGAGUCUACACAGCUGACCCAUACCACGCUGCUCUCACCCCAGCAGCCUACGGUGUUGGCGCCAUGGCGGCGCUGUACAGAGGAGGCUACAGUAGAUUCACCCCCUACUAGAGACUUCUUCUUGUGGAGGUGGACUACACCCAGACAGGUCCCAUGUUUCUUAAGUAGAGGAAUGCUUUAAGACUGAUGACAUUACAUUCAAAAGGUAAAAAAAAAAGUUAAAUGCACGGCUGUAUUAUAGUCCCCCCUCACCCAACCCCCACGGCACAAGACUGAAGAUGGAGCCCAGAUGUUCUUCCAAAGGCCCUUUUUCUUGACCUUCUAACCUUCCUCGGCCAUCUGAGUGACGUGCACGUUCAAGCCAGCUAGAAAAGUUCCCCUUCAAAGAGGGGGAAAAAAUCAAAAUCCCCACUGAUGGAUUGGUCCCGAGUGGAAGUGGGGGGGAAGGAUCCACUCCCACUGUGCUCCUGGAGAGUGAGUAGGUCCAGGGAGGUAGCCUCCGCUCGUCUUAGCAGACCUUUAAAAAUUGCUCUAAUGCAAAUUCAUUAGCUUAGAGGCAAAUUUCUAAUGGCUGAAUUUAUUCUCCCUUUUUCAUUCUUGCAAACAUUUCCUUUGUUGGCCGCCCGCUACUCUUGAUUUAGGAAGAAAUGCUGCAAACAAAACACUUUGUUCAAAAUACUCUACUUCCUCUUUUAGUGGCUUUGCUUUACUGCGCUGCCCAGAAAAGGCCUGUCAGAAAAUAAAUUUUUGAUUCCUAUUUUAACAGAAAAUUAUUUUAUUAAUUGUUUUAAUCCGUCCGAUCAUGUUGUUGAUUUCGACCACGUGUCCAACUCCCCACGCCUCAUUUAACGUGGCCUGGGAAUAAUGACAUCUUUUUCAUUUUUGGAUUACUGUAUUUUUCAGACGACAAAGCAUACUGGUAUAUAAAACACACCCACUACAUUUUAGAACAAAUAAAUGUUUGUCCAUAUAUUAGUCGCACCGGACUAUAAGUGGCAGAUAUAUAUGUUGUGAAAUGACUUAUAUACACAUAAAUAUUCUGUAAAUGUUUAUUUACAUACCUUAAUAGUUUCCAAACAGUGACAAGGCAGUAAAACGGCAUAUCAAACAAAACAGAAGUCAUAGUCAUGGACCCACUUUAAUUAAAGUAGCAAUAAUUGUCACACACACACACACACACUAGGUGUGGCGCACUUAUUCCCUGCAUUUGACUCAUCACCCUUGAUCACCCCCUGGGAGGUGAGGGGAGCAGUGGGCAUCAGCGAUUGCCGCGCCGGGAAUAAUUUUUGGUCCUUUAACCCCCAAUUCCAACCCUUGAUGCUGAGUGCCAAGCAGGGAGAUAUUGGCUCCCAUUUUUAUAGUCUUUGGUAUGACUCAGUUGGGGUUUAAACCCACAGCCUACCCAUCUCAGGGCGGACACUCUAACCACAAGGCCACUGCGUAGGUAUACCAGUUGCGCAAGCUAGCUCUCCAAUGAGCCAAACAGACUCAACGUUUUGGUGAAUUUACUGAGGAAUUUGUAAAAGUGAAACCUAACAAAAGAAAAUGCCGCUGUAAGUUAUUAACACUAAUGCAGACACUUGUAAACAUGUUAGCAUAUUAGCUAAUGCUAACGAUGCUAACUUGAUUGCAUUACGAUAGCACGUAUGCAUGAAAGCUCUCCUACAGACAUCACACAUGCCACGCUUUAGUAAGUACGAAUUGUUUUAGUUAUAUUGUAAAACUUACACACGUUUGUAGUGAUGCAUGAAGAAUCCAUACGAGUAGAAAAGCUAUGGACAAGUUUACAUCCGGUUCAAGGCAUCAAAACAGAAAGUUUAUUUUUAACCCGCAGGGGAAUGAAUCUGUCCAAAAGAUGGCGCCAGAGCACAAACAAUUUCAACGUCUCUGCUUGUGUUUCAUGAAAAUCAUUGAACACAAAACAUUAUGGCCGUUAGCGAAAAACAUCCAUAAAUAAGCUGCAUAAUUUUAUUGAAAAGCGUUAAUAAAAGUAUAAAAAUGUUGUAUGGAAUUUACAGUAAUAAGUCUAUCAAGCACUUUUUUCUGUUUUUUUUUUAGCUAGCUUAACUAUUGUCAAGCCUGCUCGCUUGCGCUAAGUGUUUAACGUGUGGCCCUCCAGUGAUAAUAAUACGUUAUAAUGGUACUUAACGCAUUUUGCCAUAAUGGAUGUGAUUAUUAUUAACUUUGGGGUGGGGCGGGGCUCCACAGUGUGUGUUGGCUGCUAGUUGCUUGUCAGCCGGGGGGGCUCCAAAUAAAUGCAGCAUUAAUGAGUGAUGGCCGUCAUUUUAAUUCGUACUGUCCCAUUGUGUAAACUUGAGCUUUACAGAUGCCACCUGAGGCAGUCAUUUGCGUUAGGACGCUUAAGUGGAUGUUUAUUUGGCAGCUGGCGGCUAUUUAGGUGGGGCCACUAUUAGAGGAGAUACAGUAUUAAUACUUCUGCUCAUCGCAGAAGAUUUUCUGCGUCUGUUGAUCCAACACGACAUGAGUACAAUCACCACGACAACACUACACGCUGACGACACUACUUUUCAACUACUGUCCACCUUUUAGAUGGUUUAUUUUCCCCCCCGACGCUCCGUCUUUAGCGAGCGAGUCCGACUAACGUCGAAGUCUUCCUGGGAGAGAAGCAUAGAUCAUUGUUUGACAUGCAAACACAUUACUUACUCUUGUGCACAUUUCUAUACUCUUUUAUUCCGUAUUUACAAAUGUGGCUUUUUCUUUUUGGCUUUUGUUUUCGUUCCAAAGAUUUGUAGAAAGCACAUUUUUCGGAUUAUAUGUAUAAAUAUAUUAUCUCCUUUAUGUCAUAAUCCUAUUGCUGUCUUGAUUUACUUUGUUUUAUAUAUAUAUAAAUACGUUUAUAUAUAUGUAUAUAUAUAUGUAUAUAUAUAUAUAUAUAUAUAUAUAUAUAUAUAUAUAUAUAUAUAUAUAUAUAUAUAUAUACAUAUGCAAGUGUUGUUCUUUCUAAGGAGUUAGUUUUUGAAUGGGAACCAUUUGGAGUAAAUGCUAAGUGCUAGCGAGAGGCUAGCACGCGCAUGUGACACUAGCAGACUGUUUAUGUUUGUUUAGCAUGGCAAGAGGUUUUAGUCAUUCUAUUUUCAGCCGCCAAAGCGGUGGUCUCAAACUUAAGGCCCGGGGGCCGUAUUUAGUGGCCCUCUACUUAACUUCAUAGUCUAGUGCAAAGGUGCCUAUCUCGAGGUCUGGGGGGGCCAGAUCUGACCUGCCACAUCAUUUUAUAGAACUUUAUUAUCCAUCUCUGAAUAUUUGUGUAUGUAUAUACAGUAUAUAUAUAUAUAUAUGUACAUAUGUAUGUAUGUAUGUACAUAUAUAUGUAUGUAUAAGUGUACAUAUAUGUAUAUAUACAUGUAUGUACAUGUAUGUGCAUAUAUGUAAAUGUGUAUGUACAUAUUCGUAUACCUGUAUGUAUGUGUGUGUGUGUAUAUAUAUAUUAUAUAUAUACACACACACAUAUAUGUAUGUACAUAUGUGUAUAUAUACAUAUAUGUACAUAUGUGUGUUUGUAUACAUGUAAGUAUAUAUAUGUGUGUAUAAGUACAUAUAUGUAUGUCAUGUUCGUCCUUCGUUUUCAAAGAUGACCAGGUGACUUCACGUUGAUUUGUGUGUGCGAAGAUGUGCUGAUGAGGCCAAUCCUUGCACGGAAUGACCGGCUGCAGUGAGUGCAGGUUAUGGCUCGGGGUUGGCGGGCUGAGAGGGAGGAACAGUCUCUUGUCUUGCGCAGCUGUCGCUUCUUUACGGCUUCAUGAAUCCGUUUUUCCUCGAAGUCUGCUACACCAUGCCAGACUGCAGAGCGCCAGUUUGAAUGGUGUUGGGCAACGGCUUCCCAGGUCUCUGGGUCCAGACCACAGCCCUUGAGACUGGUUUUUAGGGUGUCCUUAAAGCGUUUCCGCUGUCCGCCGCGUGAGUGCUUUCCAUGGUGCAGUUCACCGUACAGAAGCAUUUUUGGUAGGCGUUCGUUUGACAUACGGCAGACAUGGCCAGCCCAUCUCAGCUGGGAACGCUUGAGGAUGGCAUAGAUGCUCUCCAUCUCAGCCCUGUGGAGGACCUCAGUGUCUGGGAUCUUGUCCUGCCACCUGAUAGUGAGCGGCUUCCUGAGGGAUCUCAUGUGGAAGGCGUUAAGUUGUUUAGCAUGCCGGCUGUAUACAGUCCAGGUCUCACAGGCAUACAGCAGGGCAGGUAGGACAACAGCACGAUAGACCUUUAGUUUGGUCCGUAGGCUGAGCCCUCUGCGCUCCCAGACAGAACUGCGGAGUCGGCCGAAUGCAGCACUUCCAUGCGCUAUCCUAUGCAUGACUUCCUCGUCAAUGUUGCCCAUGCGUGACAAGGUGCUACUCAGGUAGACAAACUUUUCAGCAGCUUUGAGGUCCUCACCAUUCACGCUGACGAGGGGCUCAGUGUACGGGUUUCCAGCAGCGGGUUGAUGCAUCACCUCUGUUUUCUUUGUACUGAUGGUGAGUCCAAAGUCUGAGCAUGCUGUGGCGAAGCUGAUCAUGCUCAGUUGCAUUUCCACCUCGUUGGAAGCAUGCAGUACACAGUCGUCUGCAAAGAGGUAGUCGUGAACCUUGGUGGUCUUUACUUUUGUUUUUGCCUGGAGUCUUCGCAGAUUAAACAGCUUGCCAUCAGUACGGUAGCACAGGUCUAUCCCCAUAUCCCCAGACCGGAAAUCAUCUGUCAGCAUGGCUGAGAAUAUCAUGCUAAACAGAGUGGGUACCAGAACACAGCCUUGUUUGACUCCAUUUUCCACAUGGAAAGGCUCAGAUGAUGUGCCGUUGUCCUGGACUUGUGCCUGCAUUCCAUCAUGGAAUUCACGGACCACGUUUAUGAAAAUGUUUGAGCAGCCAAACUUGGCCAUGAUCUUCCAGAGGCCCGCUCGGCUGACAGUGUCGAAGGCCUUCGUCAGAUCUACAAAGGUGGAGUAUAGAGUGACGUUCUGUUCUCGGCACUUCUCUUGGAGUUGGCGAGCGGCGAAGAUCAUGUCGACUGUACCACGACCCUGCCUGAAUCCACAUUGGCUCUCCGGUAGGAGGUCUUCGUGUUCAAGAUGUUCCGUCAGGCGGUUUAGCAGAAUUCUGGCCAGGAUCUUUCCUGCUACAGACAGCAGAGCAAUACCGCGGUGGUUGUUGCAGUCCUGCCGGUUGCCCUUGCAUUUGUAUAAAUGGACGAUGCAGGCGUCUUUGAACUCCUGGGGCAGCUUCCCUUGGUUCCACAUGGUGCAGAAUAGGGCUACCAGUUGUUUGGUCAGAGGUGGCCCACCAACUGUGUACAUUUCUGCUGUAAUCGCAUCAGCACCAGGUGCUUUGGCAUUUGGAAGUCCACUGAUGGCUUUGAUGACCUCAACUUCCGCUGAUGGUUCGUCAAGGGAGGUGUUGACAGGGACUUGAGGGAGGCGUGCAAGGGCUUCCUCAUUAAUGGCUGAGGGGCGGUUGAGAACACAGUGGAAGUGCUCAGCCCAGCGCUCAAGGAUCUUCUCUCUGUCUGUGACCAGUGUGCUGCCAUCAGCACUGAGGAGAGGGGAAGAUCCUGAUGUUGUGGGCCCAUAGAUCGCCUUGAGGGUGCAAUAGAACUUCUUGCUGUCAUUCUGGUCUGCAUAGUACUGAAUCUCGUCAGAUUUUCGGCAGAGCCAGUCGUCCUGCAUCCGACGCAGCUCUCGCUGGAUGGUUGCUUUGAUGUUCUUGAGAGCAGACUGUUUUUGAGAGGAUGUUGGAUCGCUGAGGUGGGCUUUGUGCAGACGAUGUUUCUCAUGGAGAAGAUCUCUGAUGUGAUCAUCAUUCUCAUCAAACCAGUCCUGUUGCCUACGGGCUGUAGAUCCUACUGAAUUGAGAGCAGCAGUGUAGACGGUGUCUCUGAACGCAGCCCAGUCCUCCUCGAGGUUCCCAGAGGGUUUCAGGUCCUGCAGUUUGCUGGUGAGCUCUUCAGUCAGCGAUUGCUUGACAGAGGCAUCGGUGAGCCUGGAAACGUUCAAGCGCUUCGGAAAUUUGGAACCUUGAGGCCUUCUGGGAGGAUGGAUCUUGAUAUUCAGCUUAGACACAAGGAGCCUAUGGUCAGUCCAGCACUCUGCACCACACACCGCCUUUGUAACCCUGACAUCCUGUCUGUCCCUUUGCCUCACGAUGACAUAGUCCAGUAGGUGCCAGUGUCUUGAGCGGGGAUGCAUCCAUGAGGUCCUGUUGCGCUUUGGAAGGCUGAAAACUGAGUUUGUGAUCAAGAGCUCAUGUGCCGCACAGGUCUCCAGCAGAAGGGUGCCAUUGCUGUUACAGCUGCCCAUGCCAUUUUUGCCAAGGACUCCUUCCCGUGACUUAUGAUCAGUGCCGACCCUGGCAUUGAAGUCACCGAGGAUGAUGAGCUUGUCUGCCCUGGGCACUGCUGCGAUGGUAGCGUUCAGGUCUUCAUAGAACCUCUCCUUGACAUCGUCUGUGUUCGUCAUCGUGGGAGCAUAGGCACUGAUGAGUGUGGCAGACUGUUUCCCUGGAAGAGGCAGGCGCAGCGUCAUCAGGCGGUCACUGACGCCUUUGGGAAGUGCAGCCAGUUUACUGACCAAGUUGGAUUUAAUGGCAAAGCAAACUCCUGCCUCACGCCGCUCUGCUUCAGUGCGGCCUAUCCAGAAGAAUGUAUAGCCAGCACCAGUCUCUGUCAGCUGUCCCUCUCCAGCUAGACGUGUUUCGCUGAGAGCAGCGAUCUGAAUGCCAUAUCGGUCCAGCUCUCUGGCGAUCAGGGCAGUACUCCUCUCAGGUCUUGAUAGGUCACCAGCCCUAUCAAGAAGUGUGCGCACAUUCCAUGCGCCAAGGGUGAUCGGUGUCACCUUUUUCUUGUUUCCUUUUUUCUUACCGCUAGUUAUGGGACUCCUGCCAGCUGUGGCUAGCUGGCCAGGAAGAGGUGAGGCAGGCAAUUUUUGGGGCACUUUUUCUAGCCCGUUCCUCAUGCCAGGAGGUAGGCAGUGCAUACCUAAAGAGGGCUGCCUAUUCGCUCGGGGGGCUGCCGAAGUCCAGUGCUGCCUCAGUCAUUGGACAGCGACCCUUUGGCCCGAGCCGCCUGCGUGCGAGUUUGUGACUAUGGCUUCCAGUGAAGUCCACACCUGCCACUUCGUCACGUGCCGACGCCGCAGGACUUGGGUGAGGGUGGGGGAGAUUGCGGGGGUUGUGUGUGAAGUCAUGACUUGCGCAGUGCAUUGGAUUUAAGUGAGGGUGGGUUGUGCAGCGCCGACCUCACUCUCUCGCCCGAGUCCACCUGUAUCCAGUGGCAAGACAUAGUCGAGACGGCUGGAGGUGGAUCCAGGUGCAGUGGAUGGCCUGGACACAUUGUAACAUAACACAUCCAGCCCGAAGCGCUCCACAGAGCCUGCUGGUGUCGCCAUUCAGCCCAUUGAACCUCUGAGGGGUUCUUCCGCGCAGUCAGCCGAGAACCAGUCUUCUAUCCAAGUGUGCUGGCUAGGCUAGGCACCACGGGAAGUGCCAUACAGGCAUGCAGGAGGACCAGGACUAUCAGUAGGGAUAUUUCCUUAGCCGGAGGACCCUUGCUGAGGUAAGGUGCUACCUCUCUACAGCCUGCGGUUGUAGUUUAACGUCAUACCCAGGACAAAAUAUGUACAUAUGUGUGUUUAUAUACAUGUAAGUAUAUAUAUGUGUGUAUAAGUACAUGUAUGUAUGUAUAUAUAUAUAUAUGUGUGUAUAUACACACACACGUAUAUAUGUAUGGAUACAUGUAUGUACAUAUGUGUAUAUAUACAUGUACUGUAUGUACAUAUAUGUGUGUAUAUAUACAUGUAUGUACAUAUAUGUGUAUAUAUACAUGUAUGAUACGUGUGUUUGUGUACAUGUAUGUACAUGUGUAUAUAUACAUGUAUAUACAUAUGUAUAUAUAUAUUUAUAUGCAUAUAUACAUGUACAUAUAUAUACACACACAUGUAUAUAUACAUAUACAUAUGUAUGCAUUUAUGUGUAUAAAUCUAUAUACAAUAUACAUAUAAACUAUUUUUUAUAUAUGUAGACACACGUAUAUGUAUAUGUACAUAUAAACUAAUGUUGCAAAAAAUAAUAUAUAUUCCAAUUUUUUGUUGAAAUGAAAACUUAAAUAUAUACUUGAUUUAUGAUUUGAAAGCACGUUAUUCAUCAAAUUAUACAGUUGAAAAAAUGAAAAUAGAAUUUACAAUAAAAUGUUACUGUUGAAAAACAGUGGGACACUUUUUACAUGUACAAUAAUACGCUGUAAGCUUUAAGCUAGUAAAAACAAAACGAAAAACUGUUCAGUUGCCAGAACUUUACUGUAAAUUUUGAAACAACAUUCAGGUGACAGCGGCCAGUUUUUCAGUGUACGUAACAACAUGUGUAACAGUCUAGUGUGUAUAACAUUUAGGAAGUGCAGGGUGCCCCCCCCCCCCCACCCACAAACCCCACCCCCCCAAGCAAGCAGGAGUGACGAUAAUGUUAAACUUGUGUCACGACUGGCCCCCGGCGACAUUGAGUUUGAGGCCCCCGCUCUUUUGUUCCGUACAUUUCAAGAGCGCACACAUCCUCACUUCUGAGUAAGAAUCCUCCCCAAAAAUUUUAUGUGCCGCUCAUAAAUAAGUUUUUUUUUCUUUUUUUGUCUUGAAAUCUCUUCAUUGAGAAAGUGCUGUGGACUAAUUUAGGCUAAAAGAGGAGCCAAAGACGCUAACAGAAGUGGCGUGCACGUUCCACUGGAGCACAGGCACGUUCCACUGGAGUAACAGAAGUGGCGUGCACGUUCCACUGGAGCACAGGCACGUUCCACUGGAGUAACAGAAGGGGCGUGCACGUUCCACUGGAGUAACAGAAGUGGCGUGCACAUUCCACAGGAGUAGAGGCACGUUCUAGAGGAGUAGCAGAAGUGCAGUGUACGUUCCACUGGAGUAACAGGAGUGGCGUGCACAUUCCACAGGAGUAGAGGCACGUUCCACAGGAGCAGAGGCACGUUCUAGAGGAGUAGCAGAAGUGCAGUGUACGUUCCACUGGAGUAACAGGAGUGGCGUGCACAUUCCACAGGAGUAGAGGCACGUUCCAUAGGAGCAGAGGCACGUUCUAGAGGAGUAGCAGGAGUGCAGUGUACGUUCCACUGGAGUAACAGGAGUGGCGUGCACGUUCCACAGGAGUAACAGAAGUGUUGUGCACGUACCACAGGAGUAGAUGCACGUUCUAGAGGAGUAACAGGAGUGGUGUGCACGUUCCACAGGAGUAGAGACACGGUCUGGAGGAGUAAGAGAAGUGGCGUGCAUGCUCCACUGGAGUAGAGACAUGUUCUAGAGGAGUAACAGAAGUGGCGUGCAUGUUCCACUGAAGUAACAGAAGUGGCGUGCACGUUCCACAGGAGUAGAGACACGUUCUAGAGGAGUUACAGAAGUGGGGUGCACGUUCCACUGGAGUAACAGAAGUGGCGUGCACGUUCCACUGGAGUACAGGCAUGUUGCACUGGAAUAGAAGCACGUUCCAGAGGAGUAACAGAAGUGGCGUGCACAUUCGACAGGAGUAGAGGCACGUUCUAGAGGGGUAGAGGCACGUUCCACAGGAGUAGAGGCACGUUCCUUUGGAAUAGAGGCACGUUCCAGAGGAGUAACAGAAGUGGUGUGCACGUUCCACAGGAGUAGAGACACGGUCUGGAGGAGUAAGAGAAGUGGCGUGCAUGCUCCACUGGAGUAGAGACAUGUUCUAGAGGAGUAACAGAAGUGGCGUGCAUGUUCCACUGAAGUAACAGAAGUGGCGUGCACGUUCCACAGGAGUAGAGACACGUUCUAGAGGAGUUACAGAAGUGGGGUGCACGUUCCACUGGAGUAACAGAAGUGGCGUGCACGUUCCACUGGAGUACAGGCAUGUUGCACUGGAAUAGAAGCACGUUCCAGAGGAGUAACAGAAGUGGCGUGCACAUUCGACAGGAGUAGAGGCACGUUCUAGAGGGGUAGAGGCACGUUCCACAGGAGUAGAGGCACGUUCCUUUGGAAUAGAGGCACGUUCCAGAGGAGUAACAGAAGUGGUGUGCACGUUCCACAGGAGUAGAGGCACGUUUCACUGGAAUAGAGGCACGUUAUAGAGGAGUAACAGAAGUGGCGUGCACGUUCCACAGGAGUAGAGGCACGUUUUAGAGGCAUGUACUACCCAGCAUGAGGAUAUGUAUGGAGAACACAAGUAGUUUUGCAUGAAUCUCCUCUUUGAUGUCUGACAUCUGCAAAGUUUUCUCCAAUGAAAGGCAGCUAGCUCGCAGUCAUGUUCUCCAUGUUCUCCUCCUGGAAAGUGGCCCUUCUUCUUCUAUUUCUUCUUCUUCUUCUUUUCCCUCCCAAUGACUGAGUUGGAGUGCGUUUGAUGCCAUUGUUUGUUUUGUUAUUGAAUGUCCAUAUCAACUUUGAUAUAAAAUGUUUUCUUGUGCUUC